UAAUUUGGCUUGCAGAGCCAUUAAUACAUGCAUUCGUUCUUGAUGAACGUGGUACACACGCCUUGCUCCUUACAUUAUACCCCCCAUUUUUUUUUUCUCUUUUUAUAUAUUGUUUGACAUUCUUGCUAUAUAAAGGUAGAAUAAUCGCUACAAUUGGAUUAUAGGCAGCGUGAGAAGGAGGGGUUCAGAUGUUGUCCAAGAAAGUGGUUCCUGAGAACAUAAUGAAGAUGGUUAGAGCAGCCAUUAAGCUGUUCUUAGUACUGGUUUUUCUUGCCUACAUGGUGCUGUGGAUCAUGAUGCCCACGAAUUUAUAUUUUGAGCAUUGGAUGCCAGAAAUCCGUGCAAAAACAAAGUCAACAUACUUUGGAAACCAAGGUGCAUCUAUGCUGAUUUACACAUUCCCCAUCCUCUUCAUUGCUACAAUGGGCUGUAUUUACCUUCAUUUGGGAAAGAAAGAUGCUGAUCACAACCGCCAUAGCAGAAUGGUUCAAACAUCGAGGCUUGCCACUUUGAAGCAACCAGCGAUCGUGAGAGGUCCUCUCGGUAUUGUUUCUUGGAUGGAGCUCUCAUUUCUAACCAUGUUUGUUGCGCUGUUAGUUUGGUCAACCUCUUCCUACUUGAAUCAUAUGUUCGUGCAUAUCGACCAAAUGGCUGCAAAGAGUGGACUGCUAGUGUGGGAGGCUAAGUUGGAAAUGUCAGGUCUAGCACUUGGUCUUGUAGGCAACAUUUGCCUAGCUUUUCUCUUCUUCCCGGUGACUAGAGGAUCAUCAGUUUUGCGGCUUAUUGGCCUUACCUCAGAAGCAAGUGUCAAGUAUCAUAUUUGGAUUGGGCAUAUAGCUAUGACCAUUUUCACAGCCCACGGCUUAUGUUUCAUUAUCUUCUGGGCCAAGACAAAGCAGAUGUCAGAGGUGCUUAAAUGGGAUAAGGUCGAUGUUUCAAAUGUGGCUGGAGAAAUAGCAUUGGUCUCUGGAUUAGCCAUGUGGGCAACAAGCCUCCCCCAAAUAAGGCGAAAAAUGUUUGAGCUCUUCUAUUACACUCAUCAUCUCUACAUUCUCUUCGUUGUCUUCUUCGUCUUCCAUGUGGGGUUCUCCUACUCUUGCAUCAUGCUUCCUGGUUUCUACCUCUUCCUCAUAGAUCGAUGUCUAAGAUUCUUACAAUCCCAACAAAGGAUUAGCUUGGUUUCAGCACGUAUAUUACCAUGUGAAACUGUUGAGUUGAACUUCUCCAAAAGCCCAGAAUUGAGUUACACUCCUACAAGCAUGGUUUUUGUAAAUGUGCGUGGCAUUUCCAAGCUGCAGUGGCAUCCUUUUACAAUUACCUCCAGCAGCAAUAUGAAUCCCGACAAGCUGAGCAUUGUCAUCAAAAGUGAAGGAAGUUGGUCUUCUGAGUUGUACCAGAAGCUGUCAUCCCCUUCACCUAUAGAUCACCUUGAGGUCUGCAUUGAAGGACCUUAUGGGCCUGCUUCAACUCCUUUUCUAAGGUACUUAGCAAAAAAAAAUGAGCUCUGCCCCUGUUUUUGCAGCGAUAAAUCUGAUAAAGCCUUUGUGCCCACUUCUUACCAAGCAAACAAUAACAUGUUCUACAUGCGCUGCAGGCAUGACACACUCGUGAUGCUGAGUGGAGGUAGCGGCUUUACUCCUUUGAUCUCAAUUAUCCGAGAGCUCCUCUUUAAGGCCAGUAGCAGUAGUGACAGGAUUCCGCAGAUUUUCCUCAUAUGCGCAUUCAAGAAAUCUGUAGAUCUUACCAUGUUAGAAUUGCUACUCCCAGUUUCAGGCGCCACGGUAGAUAUUUCCUGCUUAAAAUUGCAGAUUGAAGCUUAUGUAACAAGAGAUAAAGAGCCAGCUACAGAUAACCGCAGGCCCCUGCAAAAUGUAUGGUUCAAGCCUAAUGCAUUAGAUGCACCAGUUUCUGCAAUUUUAGGCCCAAAUAGCUGGCUCUGGUUUGGAGUGAUAAUAUCAUCUUCGUUUGUCAUCUUUCUUCUUCUCCUUGGCAUUCUAACACGAUACUAUAUAUACCCAAUUGACCAUAAUACUGGUAUGAUAUACGCUGGCUCAGCAAGAGCUGCUCUAAACAUGUUAUUCCUAUGCACCGCCAUAGCCAUGACGGUAACUGCUGUUUUUCUCUGGAGCAAGAAACAGAACGGCAAGGGGACGAGACAGAUCCAAAGCAUGGAUACUCCACCCAAGACAUCCCCAGCAUGGUUUCACAAUGCUGACAGAGAACUAGAAAGCCUUCCGCACCAGUCUUUACUCCAAGCGACCAAGGUCCAUUAUGGUGAAAGACCUGACUUAAAAAAGAUAUUGUUUGAGCGCAAGGGAACCAGCGUUGGUGUUAUUGUAAGUGGACCGAGAGAAAUGCGACAAGAAGUGGCUGCAAUCUGUUCUUCUGGUUUGGCAGAUAACUUGCAUUUUGAGUCGAUUAGCUUCGUCUGGUGACCAGAAGGAAGAGCCG